AUGCGUGGCUUGGCAAUCGUCGUAUCGCUAGCCGCAAGCCUAGCCUUUGGACUGGACGUCUCCCAGACUUCUAGCGACGCCUAUCUUUUGGCGGAUACGGAUAAACCAAGCCCCAGCGACUGGGCUGAAAAGGCGGAGAAAGAAGGUCGGAGUAUCUGCAUCCUCGAACCGGAUGCCAACGGCGGGGACGAUGCGCCAGCGCUGCUUUCCGUGCUGAACGACAAAUGUCGGAUCAAGAGCAUCAUUGUGCUGCCGGGCCCUGUCUACCACAUCAACUCGCCCAUGGUGACUACCGAGUUAGACGAUGUGAUUAUUGAUCAGAGGGGCAGACUGCUCUGGAGCAAUGACACCACCUACUGGCUCUCUGUAUCGAUGCCCGUAGAUUUCCAAAACCAGAGCACGGUAUGGCACUUUGGCGGCGACCGUGUUGUGUGGGAAGGCCAUGGGGUAGGCACGCUCGACGGCAACGGCCAGGUUUGGUACGACCUGAACAAGGGAGGGUCUAACAUGCCUCAUCGACCGAUGAACAUCAACUUCCGAGACUUUUCGAACUCCGUUGUCAAAGGGCUUCGCUUCGUCCAGAGCCAGAUGUGGACGAUGAACAUCAUGUACUCGAAAAACCUUGUCUUCGAGGAUAUCUACGUGAACAGCACAUCCUCCACCGAGAAUAACUCGCUCAACACGGACGGCGCCGACACCAUGUAUUCAGAUAAUAUCACCUUCCGACGGUGGGUUGUGGUGAACGGUGACGAUGCUAUUGCCGUUAAAGCCAACUCUAGUAACAUUUACAUUUACGACAGUGAGUUCUUUGGCAGCACUGGCAUUGCGAUGGGGUCCAUCGGACAAUUCAUCGGCCAGUUCGAGUAUAUCGAGAACUUCUUGGCAAGGAAUGUAACCUUGCACGAUACACUCCGGGGUUGCUACUUCAAAACAUGGAGCGGCAUCCAGAUCGGGUAUCCGCCAAACGGAGGCGGCGGUGGGACGGGGUACGCUCGCAACAUCGUUCUGGAGGAUAUCAAGCUUGACCGCACCCGCGGGGAACCACUCUUCAUUACUCAAUGUGAGUCUUUCUCCGGCCAUGCGGGUGAGUCUUGCGACACAUCGACCUUUAAGAUCUCGGACGUCGUUUGGAAAGACUUCAGCGGGACCAUCACGGACGACGUUCCCAGCUCAGGGUUCUUUCGGUGCAGUGCGGGUGCAGGCGGGUGCAGCAACCUAACGGUCGAGAACUUCACCGUAAAGCCUGCCAGCCAGGAUGAUAUCUUGGAUAAGUGGCUUUGCAAGAAUGUCCAAGGCGACGAGGGAUUUAGUUGCCAAGAUAUAGAAGAGACUGUCGAUGAGCUCUGA